AAGUCUAUUUUUCAAAUGUAUUCAUCGCGUGUUCAGUCACCUGCUUUUCUUCCCCCUUCCCAGAGAGAAUCACUCGUCAGUGUUUUCUCCCGUUGCAAACAGCCUGUAUUGACGAGUCCAGUUGUCGGAAUAUCGAUGAAGUCACUGCCGCCUGCACCCUUCCCUUCCCAUUCCACUCCCACCCCUAUCCUGGAAGCCCAGAGAAGCGAAGGAUGGAGGGGCGCCGCUCGCAGGCCGACCAACCGACCGACCGACCGACCGACCGACCGACCGCUGCCGCCGGCGGAUCUUGGUGACCCGUGCACGCAACGCUGAGCGUCGUCAGUCGAUAAACUUCCUCUCAGCCUCCCUCAUCCACAUCCCGGAGUCCGUUGCGAGUGGUUCCGAUGGGUCUCGGAGAGGCGGCAGUCGGAGUCUGUCUUUCGUCGUCGUCAUCUUCAUCGCAGGUCUUCUUCUUCCACCAUCUCUCGGGGUGGAAAGGAGUGGGGUGUAGAGGAGUCUUGUCGUAAAGCCAAGCUCCCGUUUCUUUUUGAUAUUAUUCAUCCACCUCUUCGCCGGUCUGCUUUGCUGACGCACGCGCAAGUCGUGGACCCCUUGGGCCAAGUUCUUGCGGGCUUCUGACGUGGGGGUUGGUUGGUGCGUGCGUGUGUGUCACGAGCGCGCGCGAGAGAGAGGGCGAGCUGGCUGCUAGGUUCUCCCUGGGCGUCGUAAAAAGACUGGCGGGGCUUUGAGCGCCAUCCCAAACAGGACGUUAAUUGUGCGAAGGCCGCGGAUGAGCUGUCGGAGAGGCGGCGCUGGCAAGCGCGCACACGCACGCGCACACACACACUCACACACCACUCACACAUUCACACACGCGCGCUGCACGGCCUGGCGACGAGCGACAUGUUGCGUGCAGCGUGACGCAGUCGGCCGUGAACUGUGGACGGAGGUUUAUGUGUGAACGGGAGUUGAACAGUUUCGCGGCGGGCGAGGUUCACUUGUGAAUGGGAGUAAACAGUUCGAUGUGGACUAAGUUCAUGUAUGUAAAGGAAUAUAAACAGUUCGCCGAGGACGUCUCCCCAUCCCCCAGAAAAAGGAGAAAACAUUUCCUAACUUGCUUCAGGCUUUCCCACCUCGGACGAGGUUGCGGCUGUCGUAUCCGUGAGAUGGUUUAGCGGUCCAGCUUGCAUUUAAAGUCUGAGGGAUUUGAAAUCCAGCUUGACGAGUUGCACGCGCAGACUGUUAGGAGGAGUUGUUCGUGUGAAGUGUAAUUUUCUUGUUGAAUUCAACGGCAGCAGGUGCGCACUCAAGCUGCUUUUUGGUAAGACUGUUAUCACCAGUCACAUCUUCAACAUCCACAGAGCUUCGAUGCACGUGCUGGUCUGCUCCCUGCAUCCAUCCCACUACCUCCGCUCAAGCAUACGUCAUCAAAUUAGGUGUAGGCUGAUCGAUUACACUUAAGAGGAUCUUCAGUGUCCACUCUGACGUAAGCGGCGCCAGUCCACUGGAAGUAGGUAGGUGUCGCCACAAAAGUACAUUCGUGACGACACUCGGCAUCAGCCCUGUACACCCCGUCCCGACCUUCUCUGCACUUCCGUGCUGCUGCUGCUGCUGCUGUGUCAGUGGUGCAUGUGUCAGGGAAUGUGUCACGAAGGAGCUGCAUCGAUAAAGUGGAGAGAGCGAGAGAUACACCGCUCAGCCAAGGAUAUCGGGAGCGAUACAUCCACUAACCGUCGGUGCUGCGCUUGAUGGCCACGAGCUUUCUCUGGCUGCUGUACACCGACAUCGACUUGGCCACGGGUACACCUCGGGAACAUCUUGUGUCGUGUUCACAGCCUGUUGAUCAUCUGUAGCCGUCGCCAUGGAUAUCGCGAUGGUGUCGGAUGUCUUCAUGCCAAUUUUAGAUGCAACAAAUUUGACAGAGCUGCGAAACGCUGCUUGUGAUACACUGAAGCAUUGUCUUCCAAAUGUGGAGCGCGCCCAUGUGUUCUUGACCAAUCCCGAAAACCAACAGGUAGAAGCAGAUGGAAUAAUUUUGCCAAAGCGUGGCUUUGCAUGGGAUGCUUUUCGCCAAAAGUCAAGACAGCUUUGUUCUGUUCCCUUUGAUCCAGACCCCUUCAUAGAUCUUCUAGCUCUGCACUCAACAGAUGUUCAGAAAGUUCUUCUAGCACCAGUUCCAGCCAGAAGAAAAGACUCAAACAUAGGCAUUAUUGUGGCAAGUGUAACAUCAGUUGAUCUCACAGCAUCAGAAGACAAAUAUAUGGAACUUUUAUUGAAACAGAUAUCAGUAUCAUAUGAAUCAAUGAAGCUUUUUAUGUCUGAACCUGCAACAGAGAACUCCCAGUUAGAAUCUUUAAUUGCUUUGUGUGCUGAUUUACAUGAUCAAGAUGCUGCUCAACUAGAACUUAAAGUUAUCAAAUAUCUUCGUGAGCACACAUGUUCUGAGAGUGGAUUUCUUCUGCUAGUGGUUCCAGAGACUUUGGAGCUGAUUUCUCAGGUUGUGGGAAGCACAAUCCUGCCUGAAGAAGUUCGCUUUCCUGGACUGUGGAGCUGUUUUGCACAAGCACUUGAAACCAAGCAGCCUAUGUUCCUGGAGCACAUACCCCAGGAUCGGAGAGCAGAAGUGGAGAAAAUUGUGGAAAAACCUGUCCAUUCCUUUCUUUGUGUGCCUGUGGCCUGCAAGGACAGUCAUGAGCUUAUUGCUUUGGCCUGCCUGGUUAACAAAUCUAAUGGUCAAAGAUUUGGUGAUGAUGACAUUCAAAUAGUGCGGCAGUGCUUUAAGUACACAGCUACUGUGCUUACCAGCACUCUGGCUUUUCAAAAUGAGCGGAAACUAAAAAAUCAAACGCAAGCUCUGCUGCACGUUGCACGCAAGCUCUUCACACGACUGGAUGAUCUGACAAAGUUGUUGAGGGAGAUUAUGCAAGAAGCUAGAAACCUGACUGAUGCUGAAAGAUGUUCCGUGUUUCUUCUCGAUCAGGACUCUGAUGAGCUUGUUGCCACAGUAUUUGAUGGAAUUUCUACCAACAACAAGGAGGCACAAGCAGAGAUAAGGCUGCCUAAAACACAGGGAAUUGCAGGCCAUGUGGCUACAACAGGUACUCUACUCAACAUCAAAGAUGCUUAUUCUCAUCCUUUGUUUUAUCGUGGCAUUGAUGACUCUACAGGCUUUAGAACAAGAAACAUUUUGUGCUUUCCAAUCAAAGAUGAAGAAGGUGUUGUUCUUGGUGUGGCACAGCUGUGCAACAAAAAGACAGGAACAUAUUUCACCACUUUUGAUGAGGACAUAGCUUCAGCAUUUGCUGUGUAUUGCUGCAUCAGUAUCAGUCAUUCACUGAUGUACAAAAAGGUGAUCGAUAUUCAGUACCGAAACAGUCUGGCCAAUGAGCUGAUGAUGUUUCAUAUGAAGUGUCUCAUAUACAAGAAGCUACGAGAUACUCAGCAUCGAAAUAAAUUAGCAAAUGAGCUCAUGAUAUUUCACAUGCAGCAAAUCCCAACAGAAGAGGUGACAGAGUUGGCAGGGAAAAAGAUUCCAAACAUCAAGAAGAUUAAUCCAGUCUUUGACCAAUUUGUCUACCCUCCUCGGUCCUUGGCUGAGACACAGACUCCUCUAGCCUGCAUGUCUAUGUUUGAUGACCUUGGGCUUAGUACAAGAUGGAGACUGAAACGAGAUACUUUGGCAAGGUUUUUGCUCAUGGUAAAGAAGGGCUAUCGCAACCCCCCUUACCACAACUGGAUGCAUGCUUUUGCUGUGGGUCACUUUGGCUACCUGUGCAUCAAAAACCUCAAACUGGAUGAUUUACUAGAUGACAUCGAGUUGCUGGCUUUUUUUGUGUCAUGUUUGUGUCAUGACAUUGACCACAGAGGGACCACAAACUCUUUCCAAGUGAAAUCUCAAUCAGUACUUGCUGCACUUUAUAGUUCAGAGGGAUCUGUAAUGGAGAGACAUCACUUGGCUCAGAGUAUGUGCAUUUUGAACACUGAGGGAAGCAACAUUUUUGAGAAUCUUACAAGCAAGGAGUACCAGCAAGUGCUGGACUUGAUGAGAGACAUCAUUCUGGCUACAGAUCUGGCUCAUCAUCUGCGCAUAUAUGAUUCUCUUCAAACUAUGGCAACCAGAGGAUACAAUAAGAAUGAUCCCAAGUGUCAUAACCUGCUGUUGUGUUUGCUGAUGACUGCUUCCGACUUGUCUGACCAGACCAAAAGCUGGAACAACACCAAGCACAUAGCUGUACUUAUUUAUCAAGAGUUUUUCUCCCAGGGAGACCUUGAAAAGGCAUUGGGUGAAAGCCCUAUUGAAAUGAUGGACAGGGAAAGAGCCUGUGUCCCUGACCUGCAAAUAUCUUUCUUGGACAACAUAGCCAUUCCGGUUUAUAGAGUGUUAGCAGAGGUUUUCCCUGAAGCUCAGUGCAUAGCAGACUGUGUCCAUGAAAAUAGACAGCACUGGGUGCAUAAGGCCCAGCUUCUGAAGAUGCAUAACAGCUCAGCCCAGACUAUGAGUGUGCAGGAAAUCAUCGCUUUGGGAGAGGAAGAGGAGGAGGUGGGCUCCCAUCAUGAGAAUAGCUGAUGAUGACAGGGGAACAGCUGUCUUGCAGCUAUGGAAGCAGGCAGUCGUCUUUCUUGCUUACAGAAGAUGUUAUGCAGGCCAGGAGCAUGUUCUGCUGAGACUUCAUUGUUCACAGAAGUCAUACAUGCGCUUGGAUCGUCUCCCUUUACCCCGCAUGGUGAUGGACACUCAGCUGAUUCAGGGACCAGCCACAGGACAAAGUGGAUGCAUGAGUGAUAUUCAUAAGCUGUUUUUGACUUUCUUACAGGACCAGACAGUUUCUUACAUUUCUAGAACAGUGUAUUUCCCCCAAGACUCGUUUCUGUGUAUCUCGCGUUUGUUUUGACCGUUUUUCUGCAUUUCCUAGCCCGUCUAUGUUUACUAGACUAUUUCCACACAUCGGACAGUGAGGCUUUUAGAAUCACUUGACUGCUUUAAGUUGCUUCCAGGAAGCCAAGAAGAAAAGUGAUUUUACAAAUGUAUGUUUGACUAAUCUUUCAUUGUGUUGGUGUUAGUCAUUUCAAAGCAGCUGCAACUUAUUUUUAGAUAACUGUGUUACUUUCAUGCUUUUCUCAUAAUACUUGCUCACAUCCUGCCAUCAGUACUUCGAAGCCAUUAUUAUGAUGAUGGCCACUUUCUAAUUGUUGUUAAUGUUUACUUUUUGCCUAAUGGCUUAAAUCUAGUGGGCUAUUUUAAUUAUUUUUGUUUAAAUUAUUAAAUUUGUUUAAUGCACAAAUAGAUUACUGACAUAACUGAUUACUUGUGAUAGCCCCACCCUUCUUUAAAGUUUGAAAAUGUUCACGCAAGAACUGCUAAAAUGAAAAUGUGUGCAAUGCAGAUUAUAUUUCCUAGCAGUGUGAAGAGAAUGCUUAUCAAAGCAGCUGUGUCCCCAUGGGAUCAUGUUGAAAUCUUACAGCUAGAGGCAGGCAGUGGAUGGCAUGCCCUUAACUCUUUACAGUUCAGAGUUUCUUGCUCAUCCACUGACUGCAUGGGAUUUAUUUUGAAACUAUAUGUUAUUUAGUGAACUGUAAAGAGUUAAUGUCCAUUGCUGUAUCUGAUCUCUGAGCUGGCAGAAGAUUCAGACUUAGUUUACUAUAUUCUUGAUCUCCUGAACACCUACUCCUGCUGAGCUAGUAGAUGAGUGGUUUGUUUAACAGCCUCAGCUGAUGUAUGUACAGACUGAAUGAUGGGGGUUAGGGAGAGGCUUGUGCAGGUAGGGGAGUGUGUGCAGGUAGGGGAGUGUGAGUGAGUGGGAAUUGUGAGUUGGGAAAGGGGAAGGGAUACUGUGUUUGUUUCUCACUGCCACAUGCUUCAUCUUUUGGAUUCAUGUUGCAGAAAGGUGUAUUUUAUUUCACAUUUAUCCUUUUUUUUUCAGUUUGUCAUCAUCUUUAUGAGAAGUUUUUCCUAGAAGAAUUUGUUGAGACAGUUUUGAUGGGACUUUCCUAUCAUUCAUAGUUCUAAUUGUAAAGAAAAGCAAUGAAUGAAAGUUGAACUUUUAGGUGGAAGAGGAGGAAGGGAGUUUACUUUGACUUUUCACAGAAGGGCAUUUCACCAAAUGGACAGCUUGCUGAAUGGAGACUUCCAUGAUUUCAUCUUGUGUGUUUUACUGCAUGACAUUAUAUUCCUUUAAUAUCCUUUGUUCAUACAUUUGUGUGUUUAUAUGAAAGAUAUGCAAAGAAAAAAAUUAUGUGUGCACAUGCAUGCACACACACACUCUUUCUCACACAUGCACACACACACACAGAAUAAAGGAAAUAUGGAAAGGCAUUGUACCCUUUGCCAUUUAUACGUAAAUUCCACGAGAAAAUACAACUCAGUAUUGAUACUGCUUGUCCAGGCUGCUUCAAUGCACCAUGUAAUAAGUGACUUUUUUAAUUUACAGGGUCUUUUAAAAAAAUUUUAUAUUUGAUUUAAUUUUUAAUUCCUUAUCAAGGUUAGGAAAAUCCAGUUAACUUGUCCUGGGUACUGUACUCAGUCAUUGCAGUGGUUUAUUCUUUCUCUGACUUAAGCCUACAGAAGAGCAGAAAGUUUCCAAAAAGGCAUUCAAGCACAGCUUCAUUGUUUUCAAUGUCCCAUGUAUAUGAUGACCAAAAAUAUAAAACAUAAUGUACCAUUCAGUAAAACAUUAGCAAUGAGUUUCCUACAUCAUUUUAUAAAACAGUUAUUUCCGAGUUUUAAAAAAAGGUUUUAGUGUCUAUUACCCUACCGUUUUUUAGAUUUCAAUAUUUCCACAUUAUUGAUGUAGACUGACACAAAAAAGAUCAGAGGAGAUGGCUAGAUAUAUAGAUUUGAGCCCCAUCUUAGCAGUAGAAGUACCUAUGGCUUUGUCUAGCAUCACUAGGAUAUACAGUCUCACUCAUUUUCUUGGAGCAAAAGUGACUAUAUAAAUCUACAGUCCUGAAUGUUUUCUCACAGCAGCUAGAAAAAAUUUUCUCCCUUAUUUGUGUCUUGCAUUGUAAUCAUGACUUCACUUAUUAUACAUUAUUUUAAAGCUUUCAGAUAACAUCAGCAGUGACAGUAUUUUGCAUUUACAAUCUUCUGGAAACUGUUAAGUUGUGCCUUUUCUAUGCAGAACUGAAUGAUUAUUUUCUAGUAUGCCUUUAUAUGUAAUUUACAUUUGUUUAUCACUUUGACAUUCAAUACUUUUAGUAAGCAUGCCGCAAAGUUGAGACUAAUUUAGGUCUGCUUUAGUCAUGCACUGGCCAUUUGGGUUCAGAAAACUCUCCAACAAACAAAGAUAGCAGUGUUAUUGCAGACCAUGUCUAUAUUUGGAAGUGUUGAAAACAAACAUGCACCCAUAUUAUCGCCUUGUGAUUUAAACAGUUUUCAGCAUACUUUGUGUUAAGACUCACUCAGUCUUUUCCUUAGUGGUAAUGAAUGUCCCCCAACAGCUAAGAGAUUGACUGUGUGCUUUGCAGGCAAUUGUGUUUAUAUAAAUGGCAGAUAUUUAAAGAAACAAAUUCAUGAAAUCCAUUUGUACAUUUUCCUCUUUUUACUUAGUCAUUUUGAUUGUUAAUUGGUCAUUUUUAAUUUAUUCUUUUAUUUGUUUCAUUAUUUCCUUCCCCUUUAUCUGUGAAGUCCACCAGCACCUACAUCAACACAUACAAACCAGCACAUACAUACACCAAGGUAGAUGGUUAUUUCACUGCCAGUGUUAUAUUUUUUACUGUUAGAGUUAAAUGGCUUUUGGUCAAAGAUGGCUUUCUAGCCACUGUCCUUUAUCAUGCUAAAGGAAUUAACGUGUUGUUAAUUAUGCACGUGAUUCUAACACCUUGUGUCAUCCAUUCAUAUGAAUGGCAAAUUCUUUUCGGUCCUGAGCCACACGUAUCUAUAGUUACACCAUUUAGGGAGGCUUUCUUUAGCAGAAUGUCUGCUGAUUAAUGUUUUAUUUCCUUUUAUUUUUGUGACAGUUUCUUAAGUUGACAAAUUUUCCAGUAAUUUUUGUUUCAACUUUGCAUUGUAAAUAUAUGUUCCCGAAAACUAGCCAAAGCUCAACCAAUUCUAUGUGGUAUUAUAACUAUUUGUACUUUUAUUUUAGAAGUUUUCAUUUUUUUUCAAGACAUUAAUUUUUUUUGACAGCCUCUGACACAUAAGCAUCAGCUAGUCACAGCUGGCUAGAGACUUUUCUAAGUUUCGGAUGUUACAUAAAGAUGUUAUGUUGCUAUAUAACUGUGAUAAUUUUCUUCUCAUUUAAAUGUGAUGAAACUUGAUCUACAAAUUCAGAGUAUUUUGACAUAGGCUCAGCAAAUCAUCAUAUGGUUGUAUUUUCACAAUGACAUUACAAUUUUCUUCUUCUCUGGUCCAGUUUGUACACUUAAGUCCUGUCAUACAGAACGUGCAUAUCAGGAAGUGGCCAGCUAUAGCAGUAAACAUAUUUACAAUAUCCACUGACAAGCAUGUUCAUUUACUCUUAAACUGUGAAGUGGCUAUGAUGACUUGACUUCUGAUGGGUGUGUGUUUAAUUGUUUUAAUUGUCCAUCAGGUGUUGGGAUAAUUUAUAUGUUGAUUUUUUUUUGUAAUAUCUUGACAUUAGGUUUAAGCAAUCAUCAAUAGGUUUCUGGUAUGGUAAUCAUAUUUCAGGUGCUGUUGGCUUUUUGUCAAUAAUUGUAUCUCAGUCUGGGUUUUUGGCAUAUUCUUAUUUUUCUCAAACAACAUUACCUCAGUGUGUGUCAGUACUGAUUAUCUCUGCUUCUCUAAACUGUAAAUAGUAUUACUACCACAUCAACAUGCUCCACACUAUAGGAAGGAGAUGAUUUGAUUCCCAAACAAAUUGCUAAAAAUAAGAACAAUACUGAAAACAUGAAGAGUAAAAAUAAUUUUUAAGUAACAGAUUUAUAACGCUGCUUCUUAUUUUGUGUAUUGGUUAUCAUUUUUCAAGAUAAUUUAAGAGGUGAUGCUGUGGGGUGUUUUUUUCUCUCUUUUUGUUACUAACUUGCUUACCACUUGUCUGUGAUAUUUAAGUUAAAAAGAAUUUGGCCAACAGAGUUGUAUUAUACUUGCAAAUGGUAUACGGAUGAAACAAACUAGCAACACAUUUUGAUAAGUUCAGAUGUGUAGGACUUUUGUGUUGAUGGUUCUCAGAAAUGUGUUUUAAUUGGAGAACUGAAAAAAGCUGUCCCAGAUCAUACAGAUUUAAGAGCUUACUAUAUUUCAAACUAUUCAUGUAAAAGAAAAACAUUUAAAGACAUGGCCUCGUCUGCAGGAAGCCCUAAUUGGACUAUUAUUAUGACAGCGUGUGAAAAUUCUGAUCCAGGGUCCCCUGUUGCAGCACUGUAUCGUAUGAUAGCCAGCUAUUGGGGACCCCUGUAUCCAAAUUUUCUCACACUAUUGUGACUUUUGUCCAAUCAAGGCUUCCUGCGUAUGAGGCUUGGGCUUCGAAUUAUUUUGUUUUGAGAAACAUAUUCCCUUGUCUUGAAGAUUAGAGGAAAUUUGUAAUUUUAUCAAUUUCUUAGUUUUAAAUUAACUUAAGAACUUAAAAUUUUAUAUUCCUUUUUCAUAAUUUUCAUUUUUACUAUCAUGUUUGCGCUGAUUUUACACAGAAAAUAUCACUUUUUGCAAGUAUCUGUUUGCAUUCAUUCUUUGCAUGUCUGUAGAUGCAUCAGUGCAUGCAGCUUCACAUGCACCGAUCUAUUGUUGAUGCACUCUGUUCCUGACAGUUUAUGCUCCAGGUGUUAAACACCAUUUUGCCAGGUGCAUGCAGGAUACAUAUAUAUAGAUGCUGCAUUGAGGCAAAUAAAGAGCAUGCCACAGAGUAAUUUUUAACUUAUACUUGCAUAUUUAGUAAGCUAUCAUAAACAUUUUUAGAUGCAAAAACAGACCAGACCACUGCCUUGAAAGAUGACCUUUAAUAUUUUAUAAAAAUUUGCUUUACUCAUGAACUAAACACCUACCCAGUCUUGAGUGGAAAAAAAAUUGUAGCCAACACUUAAUUGGCAUAAUAAAGAUUUGGGUGUUUGUAAUUCUUUUUUGAAAAUCUGUGUGUUGGGGGUUUCUGAUGAAACAGAAUUCAUUCUCAUGAAAACAUGGGACUCCCUUAUGAAAAUGCAUAUUUUGAUUAUUGUUGGCUUACAUCAUCAGAGGCCAGUGUUUAUUUGGUCAUGUAUUUUAUCACUUCUUUACAUGUCAGUGUAGAUAGAAAUCAUAAUUAUGUUAUAUUUGACAUUUCACUUAAAUAAUUGACACUUAAGAAGCUUAUUGUUUAGAUAAAACUUGCAAAUUCUUUUGUGCAAUAGUAAUGCAGCUAUAUAUAAAUGUACAUACAGUAAAAGCAAGUUAAAUGCAUUUUAUCACUCGUUGUUGGCCAUGCUGUACAGACUAAAGCCAGUCUUUCUACUGUGUGUGUGUGUGCAUGUAUGUGUAAGCUUGUGCCUGUAUUGACAAGUUUAGGCACAAGUGUAGAAAUGUGAAAACCUACAGCAGUCCAUAGAUAGCAAAGUGUACUUCAAACUUCUAGCUUUGCUUGUAAUUGUCUUCGAGUUAAAAUCGUUUUGCUGGAGAGUUAACAUUCAUUAGGCAUUUUAUUAAACAAAAUGACUAUAAUGAUAUUACUUACAUUGUUCUAAUUUUAAAUCUGUUACUAAAGUGUUGAUAUUGACAGAGGUGCAAUUUGUGAUCCAUGAGUACACUAGAAUGCAAACUUGUGCAACUAAAUUCUACAUGCAUGUUCUGUCUCUGUCACAAGCCUGUGCGUAUGCACAUACAAGCCUGUAAUGUUUUAACACCAUUUUAACUACACAUACCAGACUGCCUAUUCAUUUUAUUACUUUUAUUUGCAGAUGAUGCAUGCUCAACUUUAAGCUCCAAGCACAGAUACUGAAGUACUUUCUGGCAGUCCAUUCAUUUUAACCCAAGAAGAAAUCAGAAAGCAUCAUUGAGGGCAUAUAAAUAGAAAUAAUAAUUCCAAAAAUAAGUUAUCCACUACAGUUCCCCCUACCUUCAGUUUUCGAAAUGAGACUGCAGUCAUGUCUCCUUGUGUGGAAUAGGCUAUUUUUGUAAUUCAGGUCUCAUCUAGAUUUUCUGUUCCUCUAAAUAGAUAAGAAUGUCCCUUGUAAUCCUUUAAUCCCUCUUUCACUGUUAUUAGAGUAAUAGAGGAAGCUGUGUAGACUUCUGCUUGUCCUAGCAACCAGAACAUAAUCACCAUAUUCUAUCAUGUUCACAGUUGUUAGAAUCAUCGCACAAAUAUCAACGAAACCACUUUUGUCCCCCUUUUGACUUCCAAACAUGCUUAUGCUAUAAAUGCAACAUUCUGUUAUGGUGAGUUUUGCUAUUUUUUUUUAAAUGUAUGUAGAACGAAGAACUUGUUUUCUAACAGACAAUCCACAUCUUUUCCGACUGGUGUGCACACCACAUACAAAAAUAAUGUUUGUUUUUAUUCAGUGCUCUGUUUAUUAAAAAUUCUCAAAUUUAUAUGGCAUUUUGUGCUUUUGUUAAACAGGUGAGGUCAACAUCACAAGCAUUUAGCAUUUGAAAUCUGUGUUGUGCAGAACGAGAGUAUAACAUUGCUCUCCCAUUUUGUCACAUUUGUGCACACACUGUGUGAACAUUCGCUCCUUUUUCUUACCUCUUGUCUAUCCAACAUUUUAUCACUCUUUUGCCUCAUAUUCUAAAAUUGUAUGCAGCAUAAAUCUUGUGUACAAUGUGUUUUUUAAAAAUACAUCCAUUAACCUUGUUCAUCUAUCACUUCUUUUAGGAAACAUUUUAAACUGAAAAUCAUGUCUUUCCUAACAUCAGUUUGCUAAAAGAGCACCUUUAGUUGUAAGUUUUGGCAUUGUCAGGUGUUUCAAGUUCAAAACAUAUUUUAAUUUAAUAAGUCAACUAAUCAAUUUGCAAGAGUUUUCUACCUUCGAAUGACUUCCAUUGAUUGUAUUCACUUAUCAUUCUUUUUAGUCCAUGUCAUAAAAGCAGAUCAGAGUAUAAAUAUUUUCUACUGUUUUAGUAAAUGCAAGCUUUUUUGGUUAAGUAUACUUUAUCUGACCUUCAGCGCAAAUAAAACUUUUUUUUCUACAGUGCAGUGCCUACUAUGCUUUCAGGAGACUUAUUUGUUGUUAACACCAUGUCAGCAACAAUGGCAAUCAAGCAAACUUUACAAACUGACAGAGGCAGGGCUGGCAUAAAGCUCUUUCGUGCACCCUAGGUGAAAGACAAAUACUUCGCCUCACCUCUCCCCAAAAGAUUCACCUGCAUGACAAGCUCCAGAGAACUCAGACCAAUGCUGUUUGCAUUGUAUUCCAUAAUCCAGUGGUGUAGGAACCAGGCAAGAGGCAAGAAUGUGAACUUUGUUUACUGUCAGUAUGGAGUUUGCCCCUCAUCCUCCCUUCUUCCUAUGCCACUGUAAACGGAAAGCUGACCAUGCCACACUGCUUCUGUGCGAUCUCCCAGUUCAGGUUCAUCAAGAUCGCCAUGCUUUGCUAUUGUGUUGUUCAUGGCCUUGCCCCAAUCUGAGCUUGCAGGUCAGUUCACUCAGCCUACACCCAUUGAACCAAAAAUAAUAAUAACUUUAAUAAUUAAAUAAUCACGAUCACAAGUCACAACAGUGAGAACAAAACCAUAGGGCAUCAAAUCUCCAUCCCUAGUAUCAUCACCGCUGUACAGAGCCCUAAAAAGAGAACAGGUUUGUGACAGUGGAUUAAAUUGCUCUGAAAUUUGACAAGGAAAAUAGAUACAGACUCUACCUUAAUGCUUGUUUUUUAAAUGCUUUAGUACUCUUAAUAACUGAGAAUGCAAUCAUGGCAUACCCUCUGGUUCAAAGUUCGUAUGUGACAAGAAUAUUGAGCAUAAUACAGUUCUGAUAACCAAAAAAAAAAAAAAAA